UUUCAAUACUGAGUUGACUAAAUCUGCCAGGCUUCACUUUUUUUCUUAUUUUCUAAUGCAGAUUAGCUUAGUUGGACAGCUUCAGCUUCUUUCCUCAACAGUGACUAUGCUGGCAGUACCUACGCCUUCUCUUACAGCCACCCUGGCCCGUGGAGGAAAUAAUCCAGCAGCAGCUGUUCCCCUGGUUGCUUUGGGAACCCAGAGUGGGACAAUAGAUGUUGUUGAUGUUUCAGCCAAUGCUGUUGCUUCAAGUUUAUCUGUUCAUAAUGGUACUGUUAGGGGACUACGAUGGUUGGGAAAUUCCAGGCUGGUUUCAUUUUCUUAUACUCUGGCUAAUGAAAAAUCUGGAGGAUAUAUUAACAAGGUAGUUGUUACCUGCCUUCGAAGCGGCCUUAACAGGAUGGUCCGAGUUAUGCAAAAGCCAGAACGCACACCUAUUAGAGCUUUGAGAACAUCUUCAUCUGGAAGGUAUCUUCUAAUUUUGUUUCGUGAUGCACCUGUGGAAGUUUGGGCAAUGACUAAAAAUCCUCUCAUGCUUAGAUCAUUAGCUCUUCCAUUUACUGUACUGGAAUGGACUCUUCCAACAGUUUCACGUCCUUCUAAAGAUCAAACAUCUGGAACAUCAGAUGAAGCAUCUAACCUCUCCAAAACUUCCUCUUCUGAUUCCCAGGGUUCAAGUACUGAGGAAUCUCAGGAUGACGUGUCUGAAAGUUUUGCAUUUGCUUUGGUGAAUGGGGCACUUGGAGUUUUUGAAGUGCAAGGUCGAAGAAUUCGUGAUUUCAGACCAAAAUGGCCUUCUUCUUCAUUUGUAUCAUCGGAGGGAUUGAUAACAGCAAUGGCCUACCGUUCGCCUCAUGUGGUCAUGGGAGACAGAACAGGGAGCAUAAGAUGGUGGGAUGUGGUGACUGGACAUUCUUCUGCGUUCAACACUCACAGAGAAGGAAUCCGGCGAAUCAGAUUUUCACCUUUUGUUCCAGGGGACCACAGUCGGGGGCGAAUUGCUGUUCUUUUUUAUGAUAAUACUUUUUCUGUAUUUGAUUUGGAUUCGCCAGACCCCUUGGCCAAUUCACUUUUGCAACCCCAAUUUCCUGGAACCCUUGUAUUGGAACUAGAUUGGUUGCCCUUGCGAACGGAUAAGAAUGAUCCACUGGUAUUGUGCAUUGCUGGAGCAGAUGGUAGCUUUCGUCUUGUUGAAAUUAAUGCAAAUGAUAAACGAUCUGGUUAUGCAGUCCACAUCAGAAAUACAAAGGAGAGAUUCCGGUCAAUGCCUAUAUGUUGUCCCAUACUACUUCCUUCACCACAUGCCCUGGCGUUGCGCAUGAUCUUACAAUUGGGUGUUAAACCUUCUUGGUUUAAUACUUGUAGUACGACCAUAGAAAAGAGGCCUCACUCACUUCCAGGAACUCCUACAUCUACAGGGGAUCUUCGCACAUACAUGAUCAACAUUCCACCUCUUGGCGACUCGGUGGUGCCAGAGAUGCUUUUGAAAGUAAUGGAACCAUAUAGAAAAGAAGGUUGCAUUCUUGACGAUGAGAGAGCAAAGUUCUAUGCAAGUAUUGUGGAUAAAGGUUGUGCUGCAAGGUUUGCUUUCGCAGCUACUAUAUUUGGUGAAUCCUCAGAAGCUCUGUUUUGGCUACAGUUGCCUCGUGCACUUAAACAUUUCAUGAACAAGUUAUUGAGAAAGCAUCCACCAAAAAAUUCGACAGCGGCACCUAUCUCUGAUGUUGGUAAUGAGACAUCUCUACUAUCUCGGAUAUCAUCAAAAGGAAAACAGACAGAAGAAACAGGCAGAAAUGUAUUGAGUCGAGGACAACUACGGUUAAUGGCUUUUGACAGAGAAGAGCUGUGGAAAACUGCUAGUGAUCGAAUUUCUUGGCAUGAAAAAUUAGAAGGUGAAGAGGCUAUUCAGAAACGUAUUCAUGAGCUUGUGUCUGUUGGAAACCUAGAAGCCGCAGUUAGUUUGUCACUUUCUACACCUCCAGAGAGCUCUUACUUCUAUGUCAACGCUCUUCGAGCCGUUGCUCUCUCUUCUGCUGUCUCAAGGUCUCUUCAUGAACUUGCAGUGAAGGUUGUUGCAGCCAACAUGGUGAGGGCUGACAGGUCACUCUCUGGCACGCAUCUUCUAUGCGCUGUUGGAAGAUAUCAAGAAGCAUGUUCUCAGCUACAAGAUGCUGGGUGCUGGACUGAUGCUGCAACCUUGGCCGCUAGGCACUUGAAGGGGUCAGAUUAUGGAAGGGUGUUGCAAAGAUGGGCCGGACACGUGCUGCACACUGAACAUAAUAUCUGGAGGGCCCUAAUUUUGUAUGUUGCUGCUGGUGCACUGCAAGAGGCUUUGGCUGCUCUUCGUGAGGCUCAGCUGCCUGACACAGCUGCAAUGUUUAUCCUUGCAUGUCGUGAAACACAUGCAGAAAUAGUUUCUAACCUUGGUAUUCCUGCCGAAGAAUCAAGUUCAUCAGUCAAGGAUGACCUACUGAACCUGCGCGCUUUAGAUCCAGAGAAUGAAGAUGUCAUUGCAGUUGAUGAAUAUUUUGGACAAUAUCAAAGAAAAUUGGUGCAUCUAUGCAUGGAUUCGCAGCCUUUCUCUGACUAAGUGUAGGAGGAGCUAUCAAACUUGAGUGCUUUAUGAAAUGAAUUCGAUUUUCUCACUUAUAUUCAUGGAAGAAUUAUUGGAUUGAUCAACUGUAGCCAUGAAAAGAAGUAUUGGGCUGAUUCCCAUUCCAGUACCACCUGGAGCCUGCAUUUUGUGUCAAAGGAUGGAUAUUAUU